GAGAGCGAGAGUGAGUGAGUGUGAGUGCGGGGUGGGGUGGUGGCCGUUACGUUCGGGGCAACGGCUACGGCAGUAGAGAAGUAAGAAGAGAAAACAACGUCCGGCGCUUCCGCCUUCUCUUAGCGGGAGGAGGAGCUGGUAGGGAAAGGAAAGUGAUUCGCCCUGGGCCUGGACUGGACCGAGUCGGGCCGGUGGCUGCCUGUGCUAUGAGCCUUUGAGGGUCGCUUGGGACGCAGAGCGAGACACGAGAGCCGAGAGCUAUGUCUCAGCCGCCGCCGCCUCCUCCACUGCCACCUCCACCUCCUCCUCCUGAGGCUCCGCAGACUCCGCCGCCUUUGGCAGCGGCGGCUGCUCCGGGAGGGCUUUCCAAGCGGAGAGACCGGAGAAUCCUCUCCGGGAGCUGCCCGGAUCCAAAGUGUCAGGCGCGUCUGUUUUUCCCGGCCUCCGGUUCAGUCAGCAUCGAGUGCACUGAGUGCGGACAGCGGCACGAGCAACAACAGCUGCUGGGGGUGGAAGAGGUGACUGACCCGGACGUAGUGCUACACAACCUGCUGCGGAACGCGCUGCUCGGUGUGACAGGGGCACCUAAGAAGAACACAGAACUGGUAAAGGUGAUGGGCCUUUCAAACUACCACUGCAAAUUGUUGUCGCCCAUAUUAGCUCGCUAUGGCAUGGACAAACAGACAGGCCGGGCUAAGCUUCUCCGGGACAUGAACCAGGGUGAACUGUUCGAUUGCGCCUUACUGGGUGACCGCGCCUUCCUUAUCGAGCCAGAGCAUGUUAACACGGUGGGCUAUGGCAAAGACCGCUCUGGAAGCCUCCUAUAUUUGCAUGAUACUCUUGAGGACAUCAAACGGGCCAAUAAAAGUCAGGAAUGCCUCAUUCCAGUGCAUGUGGACGGGGAUGGUCACUGCCUGGUGCAUGCUGUGUCCCGGGCUUUAGUAGGCAGGGAGCUCUUCUGGCAUGCCUUGAGAGAGAAUCUUAAACAGCACUUUCAGCAGCAUCUGGCCCAGUACCAAGCCCUGUUCCAUGACUUCAUAGAUGCUGCUGAGUGGGAAGACAUUAUCAAUGAGUGUGACCCUCUGUUUGUACCACCCGAGGGCGUUCCCUUGGGGCUGAGGAACAUCCACAUCUUUGGCCUUGCCAACGUUUUACAUCGUCCUAUUAUUCUGUUAGAUUCGCUUAGUGGCAUGAGAAGCUCUGGUGAUUAUUCGGCCACCUUUCUGCCUGGGCUCAUCCCUGCAGAGAAGUGCACUGGGAAAGAUGGUCAUUUGAACAAACCAAUCUGCAUUGCAUGGAGUAGCUCUGGUAGAAACCAUUAUAUCCCCUUGGUAGGCAUAAAAGGGGCUGCUUUACCCAAACUGCCUAUGAAUUUGCUUCCUAAAGCAUGGGGUGUGCCCCAGGACCUUAUUAAAAAGUACAUCAAACUUGAGGAUGAUGGUGGUUGUGUUAUUGGAGGUGACAGAAGUUUGCAGGAUAAAUACCUACUUAGGCUUGUGGCUGCUAUGGAAGAAGUCUUUAUGGACAAACACGGUAUCCAUCCUAGUUUGGUUGCUGAUGUCCAUCAGUAUUUCUACAGGAGGACUGGGGUGAUAGGAGUUCAGCCUGAAGAAGUAACAGCAGCUGCUAAAAAAGCAGUAAUGGAUAAUCGUCUUCACAAAUGUUUGCUCUGUGGUGCCCUUUCUGAACUUCAUGUUCCUCCAGAGUGGUUGGCUCCAGGAGGGAAAUUGUAUAACCUGGCAAAAAGUACUCAUGGACAGCUGAGGCCUGAUAAAAAUUAUAGCUUUCCCUUGAACAAUUUGGUUUGCUCAUAUGAUUCAGUGAAAGAUGUUUUGGUACCAGACUAUGGAUUGAGUAACCUAACAGCUUGUAAUUGGUGCCAUGGCACAUCUGUGCGAAGGGUCAGAGGAGAUGGGUCUAUUGUGUAUUUGGAUGGGGACAGAACUAAUUCUAGGUCCACUGGUGGCAAAUGUGGUUGUGGAUUCAAACACUUUUGGGACGGUAAAGAGUACGACAAUCUGCCAGAAGCUUUUCCCAUAACUUUGGAAUGGGGUGGAAGAGUGGUCAGAGAAACAGUGUAUUGGUUCCAGUAUGAAAGUGAUUCAUCUUUGAAUAGUAAUGUUUAUGAUGUUGCGAUGAAACUUGUUACCAAGCACUUUCCUGGUGAAUUUGGAAGUGAAAUUCUAGUUCAGAAAGUUGUCCACACUAUAUUGCAUCAGACUGCCAAAAAGAAUCCUGAUGAUUACACUCCUGUAAAUAUAGAUGGUGCUCAUGCCCAAAGAGUUGGAGAUGUACAAGGACAAGAUUCAGAGUCUCAGCUCCCAACUAAAAUUAUUCUUACUGGACAGAAAACAAAAACUUUGCACAAAGAGGAGCUAAAUAUGAGUAAAACUGAAAGAACUAUUCAACAGAAUAUUACAGAACAGGCUUCUGUAAUGCAGAAACGGAAAACAGAGAAGUUAAAACAAGAACAGAAAGGAGAGCCCAGGACUGUUUCUCCCAGUACCAUUCGUGAUGGUCCAUCCUCUGCACCUGUUACACCUACCAAGGCUCCCUAUUCACCAACAACUUCUAAGGAGAAGAAAAUCCGAAUAACAACUAAUGAUGGACGACAGUCAAUGGUUACACUUAAAUCUUCAACAACGUAUUUUGAACUUCAGGAAAGUAUAGCCAGAGAAUUCAACAUUCCUCCAUAUUUACAGUGUAUUCGAUAUGGUUUUCCUCCUAAAGAGUUAAUGCCACCCAAGGCAGGAAUGGAAAAGGAGCCAGUUCCUUUACAGCAUGGUGAUAGAAUUACAAUAGAGAUUCUAAAAAGUAAAGCAGAAGGUGGCCAGUCUGCUACAGUACACUCUGCCCACACUGUGAAACAAGAAGAUAUUGCUGUUACUAGCAAACUUUCAUCUAAGGAACUUCGGGAGCAAGCUGACAAAGAAAUGUACUCCUUGUGUCUUUUAGCAACAUUAAUGGGAGAAGAUGUAUGGUCUUAUGCAAAGGGACUUCCUCACAUGUUCCAACAGGAUGGUGUGUUCUACAAUAUUAUGAAGAAAACCAUGGGUAUGACUGAUGGCAAGCAUUGUACUUUUCCACAUCUACCUGGCAAAACCUUUGUCUAUAAUGCUUCUGAAGAUAGACUGGAGUUGUGUGUGGAUGCUGCAGGACAUUUCCCCAUCGGUCCUGAUGUUGAAGAUUUAGUUAAAGAGGCUGUAAGUCAGGUUCGAGCAGAGGCUACUACAAGAAGUAGGGAAUCAAGUCCCUCACAUGGGCUACUAAAAUUAGGUAGUGGUGGUGUAGUGAAAAAGAAAUCUGAGCAACUUCAUAAUGUAACUGCCUUUCAGGGAAAAGGGCAUUCCCUAGGAACUGCAUCUAGUAACCCACACCUUGAUCCAAGAGCUAGGGAAACUCCAGUUAUAAGAAAGCAUAAUACAGGGACAGACUUUAGUAAUAGUUCCACUAAGACAGAGCCUUCUGUAUUCACAGCUGCUCCUAGUAACAGCGAGCUUAUUCGAAUAGCUCCUGGAGUAGUAACAAUGAGAGACAGCAGGCAGCUUGAUCCUGAUUUGGUGGAGGCCCAGCGAAAAAAAUUGCAGGAAAUGGUUUCUUCUAUUCAGGCUUCAAUGGACAAGCACUUGCGGGAUCAAAGUACAGAGCAGUCACUGUCUGAUCUUCCUCAAAGAAAAGUAGAAGUUGUGAGUUCUGCUGCAAAGUCUGGGACUCUUCAGACUGGCUUGCCUGAAUCUUUUUCUUUAACUGAUGGCACUGAAAAUUUGAAUACAGAAACAACUGACAGCAGUGUGGCAGAUACAUUGGGAGCAGCCUUUGUCACAAGGUCAAAAGCACAAAAGGGAAAUUCCGUGGAGGAGCUUGAAGAGAUGGAUAGUCAAGAUGCUGAGAUGACUAACACAACUGAGCCAAUGGAUCAUUCUUGAUUUAAUUAGAGGCUAAUAAGGGCAGAAUGUUUAUUGUGAA